ACGCUGAGCUUAGUACCAUCACACACGCUGCAGCAGCACCACACACACACACACACACACACACACGCUCUCUCUCUCACACACACACACUCUCACACACACCGCGGGGGCACGAGACCCAGCGCAGUUCCCUCAUCCUCCCUCAGCCGCUGCUCAGCCAUCUGCCCCACGGUGCUAACGCGAGAACGAGCCAGAGAGGGGACGAUUAUGAAGGACAGAGGGGAAGAGCAGCUGAGGCAACAGGCGACACUCCUCCACCCACACUCCUUCUUCAGAUCCCUCCAUCUCUGCGCGUGAGAGACAGAGAGACAGACAGAGAGAGAGGAGGCAGGAGACAAACUUCUGACACGCAGGAAGGAGAAGUCCCUCAUGACCUGAAGAUGGAUUAGGUGGUCUUCAGAAGUGAUAAAAUCAAACAGACUCACCUGCGGCUCCUCACAAUCAUCUCCUGUGGAUUUUACACGGACUUUUCUCCACCUGGUUUCUUGAAUUCAGCUCAUUUUUGGUGUCAAGAUGUCCUCGGAGCAUUUGUUGAAGUCGCUGCUGAUGCUGUUUCUGGCGCUUUUCUCGGCCAACGCGAGCAACUGGCUGUUCCUGGCUAAGUUGUCGUCUGUGGGAAGCAUCUCAGAUGAAGAGACGUGUGAGAAGCUGCGAGGGCUGAUCCAGAGGCAGGUGCAGAUAUGCAAGCGCAACGUGGAGGUGAUGGACGCGGUCCGUAGAGGAGCACAGUUAGCCAUCGACGAGUGCCAGUACCAGUUUCGCAACCGACGCUGGAACUGUUCCACACUGGAGACCGUCCCUGUCUUUGGGAAGGUGGUCACCCAAGGCACCAGGGAGGCCGCCUUCGUGUAUGCGAUCUCUGCUGCAAGCGUGGCCUUCGCCGUGACCAGGGCCUGUAGCAGUGGGGAGCUGGAGAAGUGUGGCUGCGACCGCAACGUGCACGGCGUAAGCCCAGAUGGCUUCCAGUGGUCAGGGUGCUCUGAUAACAUCGCCUAUGGAGUCGCCUUCUCCCAGUCGUUCGUGGACAUCAGGGAGCGAGGCAAAGGGCAGUCGUCCAACAGAGCCCUUAUGAAUCUCCAUAAUAAUGAGGCGGGGAGGAAGGCCAUUCUGAACCACAUGCGAGUGGAGUGUAAAUGCCACGGUGUCUCAGGCUCCUGCGAGGUGAAGACCUGCUGGAAGGCGAUGCCGCCGUUCCGCAAAGUGGGCAACGUCAUCAAGGAGAAAUUUGACGGCGCCACGGAAGUGGAACAGCGCAAAAUCGGCACCACCAAAGUGCUGGUGCCGCGGAACUCGCAGUUCAAGCCGCACACGGACGAGGACCUGGUCUACCUGGACCCCAGCCCGGACUUCUGCGACCACGACCCCCGGACGCCGGGCAUGCUGGGAACGGUGGGCCGCUACUGCAACAAAACCUCCAAGGCCAUCGACGGCUGCGAGCUGAUGUGCUGCGGCCGCGGCUUCCACACGGAGGAGGUGGAGGUGGUGGACAGAUGCAGCUGCAAAUUUCACUGGUGCUGCUACGUCAAGUGCAAACAGUGCCGCAAGAUGGUGGAAAUGCACACGUGCCGGUGAUCCACUUACGCGCUCCUUCAGCUCCCCUCUGCUGAACUUUAUUUAGAACGACUGACUCCCUUUUCCCUGCCACUUCCUUGAACCUUAAAACCACCCUGGGAAACCAGACGAAUAUGAGAAGAAGAAGAAGAAGAAGAAGAAGAAAAUAAAAAAAACACACACACAGAGGGAACAGAGACAUUCCCCCAAUCAUACAUUCAUACAUUAAAGAAUUAAAGAACAUGUCAUACAUGGGACGUACAUAUCUAGGGGCAAAUAGAGUUGUUUUUAUUAUUUUUUUGUUGGUAUUUUUAUUUCAAGUCCCACUUGAGAGUAUUUUUCUCUCCAUUUUUUUCUUUUGUUUUUAAAUGUGAUUGCUCUCUUAUUUUUGUAUUUUUUUUUUUUUAACUUAUUGGAAUCAGAGAGUGAAUUUUUAAUGUGACUUGCUCCAAGGGGAGUGGUACGGGGUCCAGGAGGGUUGAUGGACUAGGAUUAGAACAGCGGGGUUCUGAAGGAGACGAGUUGGAGUUGGAGUUGGAGAUGAAAUUGGAAUUGGCCGGGGGUAAAGUUUCACCCCCUCCAAUCAUUGAUGCUGCUUUAGGAUCUCACCUGGAGUGACGGACAUCAAGGGAUUUUUUUCUAACGGACUUCCAGAACGAGGGACAUUACAUCUUACAUCUUGAGAUGCAGUCCAGGUGUACAUUUUACGUUUUUUUUUUUUCUCUCGGAAAGAAAAGUAGCAUUUUAGAUUUGUAUUUGGCCAUUUGUAUGUGGCUGAAGGAUGCUGCUUCAGAAAAACAAAAACUCACCAAUAAUGUGUACAGCAGUGAUGAUAUCAUUAUAAUAUUAUUAUUGAGGGAAGCAAACCAACUCUAAAAAAGCAUACCAUUGAAACACUUACAGAAAAAAAGAACAGUGUAUUAAAUUAAUUUCAAAAUCCUAGAAGGUACACACCAUUGGCUUUUGGAAUGGUUACCAUCUUUCUUCCCAAAAAUAACAUCAGAAAAAAAAAACAAGUUUUUCCAUGGACCAUGGAUACUGUGCACGGUGACUCCAGCACUUUUCAUCUCCAGAUGCACAUACCACAAAUAAAUAAAAAAAAAAAAUUCCCAAAGCAUUCCCUGUUCUAUCGACGUUGAGGCAGAGUGACUUAUUGAGUUAUUUAUGACAACUAUGUACAACUACCAUAAUUCCAAGUGUUCUAUAGUACAACCAUGCUAUCCAGUAUGCUUCUAAAGAAACAUAGCUCUGUAAAAGACUUAUACACUGAAGAGGACUAUAAUGCAUAUGAUGAAUGUAUGUCUAAUUGAAAUAUAUGCCAUGUGAAAGACUGACACAA